AUGGCUGUCCUUGGAAUCCGUGCAGCUGCUGCUGAAAAAGGUCAUCUGAAAAUUCUGACAUAUGCCCAUGAGAAUGGCUGCCGAUGGAAUCGAAGGACGUGUGAAAGGGCUGCCAAGGGUGGCCAUUUGAAUGUUCUAAAAUAUGCCCAUGAAAAUGAGUGUCCAUGGGAUAAAGACACCUGCAGACUUGCUGCCGAAAAUGGCCAUUUGGAUUGCCUCAUGUAUGCUCAUGAAAAUGGGUGUGCAUGGGAUGAACAAACAUGCAGCAGUGCUGCAUCCAAGGGUCAUUUUGAAUGCCUCAAAUUUGCUAAGGAAAACGGUUGCCCAUGGGACCGACAAACAUGCAUCAAUGCUGCCAGGAAUGACCAUUUGGAAUGUCUCAAAUAUGCCCAUGAACAUGGUUGCCCAUGGGAUAGGUGGACAUGUGUGAAUGCCGCUUCCCGUGGCCAUUUGGAGGUGUUAAAGUUUGCAAUUGAAAAUGGUUGCCCCUGGGACAGAAUUUCUUUGCUGAGAGGUCGCACUGUUCCUGUAAGGGCUUGGGUUCAAGACUUUAUCCCAGAGAAAUGCCUAGUCGUAGUUUUACCAGUUGUCCAUUUGUGA